UAUUUGUUUUGCAGAUGGUAAAGUCAAGGUACUCUAUAGCCUAGUGGAUGUAAUCGGUGGCUGCCACCCGAUAGGCCGGAGUUCAAAACCAGGAUGCCUCAAAAGAUAUGUGUGCUGUGCAGAAAAAAGCUAAAACUGCAUCAAAGAAGACCUGUCAACAAAAAUAUAGCUAAAUAUUUACGGAAAUUCUAUUUGAUGCAAACAACCAAUUUGGAUUUUAUUUGUGGAGGUUGCAGCAAAAAAGUGUAUCCAGUUUCUAGUGCACAGCCAAAGUCAUCUGUUUCAGACACAUCAAGAAAAUCUACUGAAAAUCAGACAGCAACAGCAUCAACAUCUACAGCCUGUAAAAGUCCACCAUCCAUUCAGCUUCCCAUUAAAUCUACAUCCAAAAGCCAUUCCUACUGUUUUAUUUGUAAAAAGCCAGGUCCCAAAAUCAUAGUUGUACCAGCAAAUAUAAGAUAUUCAGUAUUCAUUGAACAUGGAAUUAUUAUCACAGCUGAAAGCAGAUGUUGUACUUCUCAUUUCAAUCACAACUUAAACGAAUUUAAUAAAGAAGAACUAGUGAACAUGAAAACAAAAGAACAAUCAUUUUUGAACAGAACUACUAUUACUGAAUUCAUCAAUAAAACAAGAGAAAUUGCCUUAAAAUCUUCAAACAAGAGAAUGUCAUUUGACAGUAUGCAUACCUAUACAGAUGAAGAUUUAAUCAACUUAACAGGCCUAAACAAAGAACAAUUUCUUGAUUUAUACCAACAUGUUGAAUCUUCAAUAAAAAACACUCCAGCAAGAACCUCCAUAACAACACUUGGUAUUUUCCUCUUUAAAAUGAAAUGUGGACUUUCAAACAAAAUAUUAUCAACAAUAUUCAAUAUAACAAAAUCAAGUAUAAGAAGAGCAAUUCACUCAGCUAGACAAGCUCUUUGUGAUAUCAUUGUUCCAGCCCAUCUUGGAUUUGAACAUGUUACUAGAGAAGAAAUCAUUCAAAAACACACCAGAAAAUUAGCACAAGACCUUCUAGCUGAAAGCAAUGACCAGGCAAUUCUAGUUCUUGAUGGAACAUAUAUUUACAUUAACAAAAGCAACAACUUUCAAUUCCAAAGGAGAAGCUUUAGUAUGCACAAGCACAGACCAUUAGUUAAACCCAUGAUAAUUGUCUCUACCACUGGUUAUUUUGUGAGUGUUUUAGGGCCAUAUUUUGCUGACUCAAAAAACAAUGAUGCAUCCAUUCUAAAACAUAUUUUAAACAACAACAUACAAGAAAUCAAAUCAUGGAUUGACCCCAGUGACAUUUUUGUAGUAGACCGUGGUUUUAGGGAUGCUAUUGAAUUAAUGAAGGAACUAGGGAUACAAGCAGAAAUGCCUGCCUUUAUGAAAAGAACAGAAAAACAGAUGACAACAGAUGAUGCAAAUGCCAGUAGGUUUGUAACAAAGGUGAGAUGGGUGGUAGAGGCUGCAAAUGCAAGGAUCAAAAGGUGGAAGUAUCUUUCACAUGUUCUUCCAACAAACCAAGUGCCAUACAUAGGUGAUUAUGUAAGCAUAAUUUGUGCCUUAUGUAAUAAGUACCUGCCACCUAUCAACCAAACCCAAGAACUUGACUCAACUUUAGCAAGCCAGAUGCGGGAUAGAUUGUCAGGCAAUCUUUGUCUUCAAGAUUUUGUGGAAGAACAUGAUCUUGCUAGGAGAAGUGUAGCCCAUUGGACAACUACUGAAUCAUUGACAGAUUUUCCAAAACUGUCAGAAACUAUAUUGAGAAUUUUAACUCUUGGUACUUACCAGUUAAAACUGAGCUCAAGCUAUGUACAGGAGUAUAUUAGUGGUACUUGUGACUUUCACUUGCACAAGGAAAUUCCGGGCCUUCUAAGAGUUAGACUUCAGAGCCGCCAUAUAGCAUCAAAAUCAUAUCUUGUGUGGUUAAAAUAUGAUGAAGACCAUGUAAUUGCAUGGUAUUGCAAAUGUAGGGCUGGGGCUAGGACAGUUGGUACUUGCUCUCAUGUUGCUGCAGUCAUAUGGUACCUGGGCAUGGCUGUCCAUACAGCUGAAACAAGCUUUGGUGUGAAAGACUGGGGUGAGUAUUUGGAGGAUGCUUCAGCUAAUCCAGAAUCAAUAGACUCUUCAGAUUCAGAAGAAAGUAUAGUUGAGGAAUAGCUUCCUCUCAUAUAGUGGUUGAUAUAUUGUUAUAUCCAAAUGCAAUUGUUCUAUUUUCAAAUUCUGUACAAACAAAAGUUUUUUCAAUAAAGUGAUUCUGCUUGGUUAUAUAUUUUAUAAAUAUGUCUAACAGGUUAUAUGGCCAUGCAUGAUUGAUUGUUUGCAAUAUAACCCACCCCUAGCGGCUCAUGUUAUAUAAUCUAAUGACUGUUUAUAUUGAACUAUGUACAUAGCCUGUCAGACAUUCUUGUAACUAAUAUUAUCCUGUUUCAAUCAGCGUGUCAUACUCUCUUAGAAUAUGUAAAUAUUGAACUAAAACUUUAACCAUUAAGUAAAUAAGUGUAUAUGAAGUCAGCAUUAAUUCCAUUCAAUAUGUCACCCAGUUGUGCCAGAUCUGACAGGUUUAAAUACAGUAAUGCUGACUAAUAUAUUUAUAGAUAAAUAAAUGUAAAUUAAUAUAUACUGUAAAUUCUAAUUGUAUGUUUUGAUGUACAUAUAAGUAAUUAUAUAUAAUGUUAUAUUGCUUCAGUGAUGUUAAUCUUAACUUGUACAUCUGUAUAAAAGUGCAGGAUAUUAAUUUACCGGUACUGUAUAAAUGAGCCGUUUCACGACAAAACGAACAUAAUGGGUUUGCGACCAGCAUGGAUCCAGACCAGCCUGCGCACCCGCGCAGUCUGAUCAGGUUCCAUGCUGUUCGCUUACCAACCCUAUUACAAAUAGAGAAACUGAUAGCGAACAGCAUGGAUCCUGAUCAGACUGUGCCGACGCGCAGGCUGGUCUGGAUCCAUGCUGGUCGCAAACGCACUUUGUUGGUUUUGUCAUGACACGGCUCAAAUCAUUUAAAUUGUCAUUGGAAGCAUUUAAACUAUUUACUGUAAUUACAAUGUAUCAUGUUUAUCUGUCCAAUAUACUUAAUCAAUGCUCAUUAAUGCUACUGGUUUAUUUAUAUAUUAACUGAGUUACUUUUAUUGUCUAAUUCUUAGAACAUUAUGUACCCUUUAUCUUUCAAUUGCUUCAAACAUGCAUCUCACCAAAGCCAAUCAAACAGUGUUGCUAUAGAAACAAGAAAAUUUCCAUGCCCUAUAAAAGUAAAAACCUUCUGAAAUUUAAAUGUAUACCGUAAUUCAUUAACACCCAAAAUGUUAAAAAUGUAACACAUGCAAACUGUCUCUUCAUACAGCUUUUUUUGUUUAAAAUGAAACUAGUUUAUGUUUCCAUGGCAACACUGAAAACAAUACAUUCACAUUCUUAAUCUUGGAACUAUCACUGUAGUAGAGGCUUACAUAUAAAAGAAAUAUAGAUUGCAAGUAUUUGUAAAAUUCUGUGACUCUAGUUGCAGAAUCACAAUAUGUGAAAAUUGGUGACGUUGCCAUGGAAUUUUAAAUUAAAUUUAUGUAGAAAAUUUAUUUUUUUAAUGUUCAUUUUUUUAAAUGUUGACAUUAUCUGUUUUAUAUCUAGAGAGAUGUUAAGUUUGUGUGUUUGAGACUGUUAUCUAGCUAUUUGCCAAUGUUAUAAGGAAUUAACUUGUUAGAAAUAUAAAAAAUGGUGCAUUUAACUUGGUUGCUAUGGUAACCUAAUAAAUAGAA